CCGAAGAAAUGACGCAGACAGGCGUGUUUUUAGCCUGUUAGCCGGAGAGCUACAUAUUUUAACGUCCAUUAACUGUCCUUGGCUUUCAAACUCAACCAUUUCAUCGGGACAUAAACGUGUGCGAAGGUCCAGAAUCGAGAAUUAAGGAGAAGACGAAGGCACAGCAGUCAUGCAGAUCACACUGAAGACAUUGCAGCAGCAGACCAUUCAAAUAGACAUCGACGAUGAGCAGACGGUGAAGGCAUUGAAGGAGAAGAUCGAGGCUGAGAAGGGUCGGGACAGUUUUCCAGUAGCGGGACAGAAGCUCAUCUAUGCUGGGAAGAUCCUGCAGGACGAUACGCCUAUCAAAGAGUACAAAAUCGAUGAGAAGAACUUCGUGGUGGUGAUGGUGUCAAAGACGAAAUCACCAGGAACUUCCGCCACACCCUUAGAACCUUCUAGAUCAGUGGCAGCUUCGUCAUCCUCCUCUUCCUCCUCUCCUCCACCUCCUCCUCCUCCAGCUCCAGCUCCAGCUGCCAUCCCAUUCACAGACGAGUGUCCACGAGAUGACCCUCCGGCUACAGUCUCUCCUGCACACAGUCCUGACCGUGGCACAGAUGUUGUUGAUGAAGGAGAAGAUGCAUCUUCAACACUAGUCACAGGUCAGGAGUAUGAUGCGAUGCUCACAAACAUCAUGUCUAUGGGUUAUGAGAGAGAUAAAGUGGUGGCUGCUCUUAAAGCCAGUUACAACAACCCUCACCGCGCCGUGGAGUAUCUGCUCAAUGGAAUCCCGACAGUCCCGGUGCAGGAAACCAAUCCUGCUCCCGCUCAGCUCCCCACAGACACACAGCCCACAGAAGGUGAGAAUCCUCUGGAGUUCCUGCGCUCUCAGCCUCAGUUUCAGAGCAUGCGCCAGGUGAUCCAGCAGAACCCGUCACUGCUGCCGGCGCUGCUGCAACAGCUGGGUCAGGAGAACCCUGAGCUCCUGCAGCAAAUCAGCCAGCACCAGGAGCUCUUCAUUCAGAUGCUGAACGCGCCGGUGGGCGAGGGUGAGGGCGAGGUGGGAGAAGGAGGAGAGUUUGCAGAUCUGGGGGCCAUAGGGGACGAGGCUGCGCCCGGCAGUUUUAUACAAGUCACACAACAGGAGAAAGAAGCCAUCGAGAGGUUAAAAGCUCUGGGGUUUUCAGAAGCUCUGGUGGUCCAAGCCUACUUCGCCUGCGAGAAGAACGAGAAUCUGGCCGCCAACUUCCUGCUCAACCAGAACUUCGAGGACGAAUGAGAGCGAGCGAUGGAGAGUCGCAAGCCCCGCCCCCCUGCCACCACACAAAGCACUGCAUCUACGCGGGACACCGGAGCCCCACAUUAAUUUUUUGCGUUUACAAGUAAGGGGAGACUGGCAGAGCGGUCGGGGGAAAACAGAAAAUAAAUCACACGCUCAACAGAUUCCAGUGGAACUGACAGUGGCAUUUGGGUUGAAUGCAAUCUAUCUAGCAUGUUGAAGGGGUGUGUGGCGUGCACGUGUGCUCCUGUAGGGGAAUCUUUGACUAAAUCAGCAUCAACUGAACGCAGACGCUCUCAUUAGUAGAAUUACAGGAGGUUAGAUGUAUAUUGCAGGCGUUCGCAUUCGCUUGUUUGUUUUUUAGUUGGGUAAAGGAUUACAUAAUUAAGUCAAAUGGAGGAUAUUUAGAGAUUUCCAGAACAUAUUUCAGUAUUUCAGACAUUCAUGAUGAAUGUGAUGGGAGUAGUGUCAUUUCUAGAGUUCUCAGCAACACAAAUGAUCUGCAUUGAUGCUGUUUUGUAAGUGAAUUCGGUCACACUUUAUUUUGAUGGUCUGUUUGUUGAAUUUAAGUUACAUUGCGUCUACAUGCCAAUUAAUUCUCAUUAGAUUAUCAGUAGACUGUUAGAUUGGGGUUGGGGUUAGUGUAAGUUGACAUGUACAUGUAGAGUUUCUUAUAGGCAGUUAAAUAUCUGUUGAAGGAGCAGUAUAAGCAUAUAUUAAGCAGACAGUCUACUAAUACUCAAUUGGACCAUCAAAAUAAAGUGUUACCAUGAAUUCAUAUCUUAUUGAGGAUUACAAUACUGCAUUGAUGCAUCGUUAGUUUGCACCGCUUAAAGUCAGCAUGAAAUUGCAGUCAUGAACUGUUUUAUGAGUCCCACUUUAUAUUAAGUGGCCUUAACUACCAUGUACUUGCAUCAAAAUGAAUAUACAAUCUACUUAAUGUGUUCAUGAUGUAUAGCAGAACACUUCUUGAGCUGGGUUUAAGGGUGGGUUAAGGGGAAAGGAAUGCUCAACAGUGUAAUUAUAAAUGUAAUUACAAAAUUAAUUACAGAUAGUUAUUUAAUCAAGCAUAAGUACGAUGUAAAAACAUGUAUUCACACAAUAAGCACGUUGUAAGGAAUGAUUAAUGUCAGUGUAAGUACAUAUUAGUUAAAGCACUUAAUAUAAAGUGGGACUCUUAUGAAUUUGCGUAUCAUAUAGGACAUUUACAAAAAUGUGAUUGGUUGUAAAGAAAGGUUAAAAAUAAAUAUAAAGAACGUUCAAUUUGUUCCUUCUCGCUUGAGGUUUCACGCUUUAAAAUUCUGAAAAACACAUUUUUGAAUUGACGCACAUAAGACCAAGAAAUGUGCUUUAAAGCAGUGUUUCUCAACCACGUUCCUGGAGGACCACCAACACUGCAGAUUGUUCAUGUCUCCUUAACCAAACACACCUGAUUCAGAUCUAUCAGCUCAUUAGCACAGACUGAAAGACCUGUAAUGUGUUUACAGACAAAGGAGACAUCCAAAAUAUGCAGUGCUGGUGCUCCACUAGGAAUGUGGUUGAGAAACACUGCUUUAAAGGGACAUUUUCCACAAAUUUCUUUGAACAUUUGCUGUCAGAUCAUCUUUUUAUCUUCAAUAAAUAUUAAAGAUGGUUUUUAGCUUAAA